CAGCUUCGCCAGCCAACAGUAACGGAGCUCGCUCAGAGAGUGGGAAGCCAGCGUUGGCUCAGAGCGCGUGGAACACGGGCGAGGGGACGAUGGCGGAGGCUGACUAUAUAGACGACGAGGAGUGCAGUGAACUCAUCAAACCCAGGAAGCUGCUCAACCCCGUGAAGACAUCGAAAAACCACCAGGACCUGCACAGGGAACUGAUCAUCAACCAGAAACGGGGCAUCGCUCCACAGAACAAGCCAGAGCUGCAGAGGGUGAUGGAACAGAGGAAAAGGGACCUGGUGGUGAAACAGAAGAAGGAGGAGGAAGGGCUAAAGAGAUCAGACCUGGAGCAGGAGCUGAUGAAACGGCAGCAGAGGUUGGACCAGAUGGAGCAGGAGAAACUGGAGGCGGUGGAAAGGCAGGGGAACGCACCGCAGUGUGUGAAGAUGAAGGACAACCUGCGCAGGACUCGGUACGUGGAGGGGAGCGGAGACGUGGAGGUGUCGUAGGGAAACGCCACCGUUCCUCCGCACGCAACGCACGCUCGCUCGCAGGCACGCACGCUCUGGUGGACCCAGCCCCUACGCUUCACCAUCACCUACACCACUCGCCUCC